AUGUUUAUAUUAACUUUAGUGAAAAUUGUCGUUCUAAUUACGAUAUUAUGUGCACUAUCAAGUUAUUUAAUAGAAUAUUCUGUCGAUGAAAUACCAAAUAUAACGCCAAAUGCAAGCUCAAUAAAUAGUAAUAAUUUUAAUAUUUCAUCGACUACAGAACAAAGCGGCGGUCUUCAUAUUCUCAAUGCAGCAAGUUAUCCAAACGGACCGAUAGUUUUACGGCUAAUUCGUAAUGGUACAAAUAACUGUUAUGAACCUUACUUACACCUAAGGCUAAUAUACCCAAAUAUUAUGGUUUACAACAUUAGUACAAAUGACGCUAAUAUAACAGCAAUUCCUACUUUUAAUUUUUGCCCGAUUGCAACCAAUCCUCCACGUGAUCUGAUUCGUAUUUUCCCCUUGUCUUAUAACCAUACCAUGAUCGCAUUUUUACAGAAUAAUACUAGUAAUAGUCCAGAAACGUAUGAAGAAAUUGGAAAGUUUAUUGAUUGGAAUGGAAAUGUUAUCCAAGAACUGAGCCUUGGAUUUAUUAACUUUACUGCAAGCGAUACAUCAUCAUUGGGUACAUUAGUGGUCGAUUCUUCUCAGAAAUAUGGAUUUAUAUGGGUCAACCACCAACGCUAUGUAAGCUUUUCAUAUGGAAGCAACUUUUCUAUAAUUUCAUCGCAUCAAUACCAAAUAAUUUCAACAAUUGAUGGUGGAUAUUGUUUCGUCAUGGCAGGGUUCUCUGACGCACAGUGGGUAGCCAAUGUAGUAUUUAUUCGUCCAUCAUACUAUUCGACGCAACCAUCAUUAAUAUAUCGAGAUACAUCACAAGCAUUUUCGAUGAAUAUUGAAACAUGUGAUAAAUUUAAUACAUAUUAUGAACCUGGAUUAGCUUGUGUUUUUAGUAUUAAAACGAAUAGCACUUCAAAUAUUCCUGCACGAUACAUUAAAGUGGCAUUUUCUUCGAAUGGAAAUGUAAAAACACCUUCGACAUUGAAUUUUAAUGACACUACUUUUGAUGCGGAUAAGAUUUACCAAUUGUGGAGUGGUGGAUACCUUUUAGUUGUUCGUUUAAAAAAUGAUAAUAUUUUAAUUGGUUAUAUUUAUGAUAUCCAAGGAAAUUUCUCUAAUUUUUGGGACUCACCCUCAUUGCCCGGGAGUCUUGUGAUGCUGAAUGGAGUGUUUCUUAACAAUACUGUUUGGAUGUUUUCUAAUGCAAUUUCUGCAAUACCAAAUGCAAGCAAUUGGACAUUAACGACAACAACUGCUCCAAAAUUUGCUCUUGAUCAUUUACCUGAUAAUCGACAUGAAUAUAGGCUUAUUAAAAUCCAACCACUCAUAAGAAAUUUAACUCAAAAAUUUAAAAAUAAUGCUUAUUCACGAUGGGAUAUAUGA